AUGGGGAUGGAUGGAGGUUCCUCAACAUCCGAUAUCUUUCUGUCCUCAGCGGCUGGAAGUGAGGAUAUCAUCACUGUGAACGGGAUUCUGGGUCAAUCUGUUACUUUCCCCUUGAAUAUCCAAGACUCACAGAACGUGGAGAACAUUGUUUGGUAUACCACAGAAACGUCAGUUGCCUUUGUAAAGCCAAACCUGGUCACAGCAGUACCCGAAGUGUCGGUGACACACCAGAGUUACCAUGGGCGCAUAAAUGUCUCUGAUAAGAACUUUGACCUGGUCAUCAGUCUUCUGAGGAAGCAAGACUCAAGGAUCUACCAAGCUGACAUCAACAGCAAGGAUAAAUCUACGAAGAGUCAGCGAUUCAGCCUGCAUGUGUACAAACAGCUGGGCAUGGCCACCAUUACGAGCCACGUGAAGCCCACUGGGAAUGGCACCUGUAAUGUCACCUUGACCUGCUCAGUGGAAGAAGGAGAGAACGUGACCUUCUCCUGGACACCCCUGGGGGUGGGCCCCAUCCUGCACCUCUCCCAGGGACCCGGUGGCCGGGAAGGGGCCAUCACCUGCACCGCACAGAACCCUGUGAGCAGCAGCAAUGCCUCCAUGGAUGCCAAGUCACUGUGCACAGAUGUGGCACGGGGGUCCCAGCUGCACCACAAGUGGAUGCUGAGUGUCAUGCUGCUACCCAUCCUACUGCUCUUGGCAGUGGGCCUGCUGCUGCUAUUCUGCAGGAGACGGCGACAACUUCAGCCCCACCUAGAUGCAAGCUCAGAGAAAACACAAUAUGCGCAGGCUGGGGUAACCCGGCUGGCUGAGUCCCACAUUUAUGAUGACAUUUCCUUGUCUAAGGUGGUUCCCUCCAAGGAGGAUCUAACGAUUUACUCCAAAGUGCAACGCUCGGACAAGACCAACUCUCAGGAGAGCAGACCUUCGAAGAUGUCCAACUACGCCAUCGUGGACUAGACUUAGGACAAGUACAGACA